UGGCACGAUGUCAUGCGAAGCGGGUCAUACAGGAGUUGUCCCUGCCUCCUCAUCUUCAUCCGCCGUGCGGCGUAUGUCGAUGCUCGACAAACCAAAAGGCAACUACGAGGAGUGGAGUCAUCUUGUCACUUUUCCGAAACGGGCCAAUGGCACUCAAUUCAUGCUGCAAGAACAAUGGUUCCGCAGGCUGUUAUUGGCUGACAUUGACCUGUCGACAGCGCCGCCUGCCGAUGUGAGCAAUGCGCAAGGCGACGUGAAAUACCUCAGCUUGGCACAGCUUUUGCAUUAGGGUGAUGCUGAGCAGUACGUAGCUAGAAGUUUUUAGUUAAUGAAGUUUCUUUUCGCGUGUGGGCUUGACUUGAUCAUGGGCAUUUUCUAGCCCAAUCAUUUCGCGUGGGCAUUUGAUAUUGAUCGUUGUUGUAGUACUUUUUAUUACAAGUGAGCCGGCUAAAGCUAAAAAAAGAAGCAAGUUCCUUUCCACUACUCUAAUUUCCUUUACGCUCAAAGCACCGAGUGGUUACGCAAGCAGACUACUACGAGAGUCAUCGAAAUUUUCUAGCUAUGCUAGAGGAACGACUCUUGGUAGUACUAGGAGAGUACCUAGUGGAGUCUCUGGUAAGCGACUAUUGCAACUCACCAGCUGGGAGAGAAGGGGGAAAAGCAACGGUAGAUAGAGAUAGAGGUAAGGACGAGGACGCGAAUGGAGGAGCCAAAGAGGAUGAAGACGAGUUGAAAAGAAGACAGGCGUUCUGGGCAGCGUGGAGACAUGAAGCGUUCGGUGUGGCGUUACCGGAGGAUAGUAAACGACCGAUCGUAGCCUCAAAACCAGCCGAGUCGAUGGUCGAUGAUGAUAGUAUAAAACAAGAGGGUGUUCUCGGAAAUUAUGAGCUAUCCGGUGAAGAUCAUGCAAUGCCAAAAAUUCCAAUACUGAAAAUCAACAACGUCGAAGCUAUAGUAGCAAUUGGCACGAAACAGCCAGAAGUCCCUGCGCCACCUCUUCCAACCGCUACAGCAUUUCGUUCGGUCUUCCUCGGUAAGAGUCUCAUCAAGGGAUCCCAACUAUACGAGCGCAGUUCCGGCUACCGCGCCUUGGGUCUUAGAGCAGUGUUACUCAGCGGUGCUCAUGCAGCUCUACGUCUUCAUGACGGGGUCAAGGAUAAUUCUGUGUGGUACUGUUUCGAGCUACCUCCUGAGCAUGAUGCGAUGAUGGGAAGGCGCAUUCGCAACGUCGUGGAAACCGUUGAGGACGGCUCAGCAACGGCGAGAGGAGGGGGCGCUACGCAUCGACGGAGGUCGACUUUGAUGAUGGAGACACCGCGAAUGAUCGAGAUGGACGCUGGAUGUGGGAGUGCAACAGCAAGAGCUCGCCAGUUGUUUCAAGACCGGGUGAAUAAGGGUCGCUUAACCGUGCGGCAGGCGCAUGCACAAAUUGAAGAGCAGAACGCUGUCGUUUUUGGGAGUAACGCUAACGAUCAGAUUCAGCAGAACACGACUGUGAACUUGAGUGGAACGAUACAGCAGCAUCAACAACACUCUGGUCCACUUGGUCGUCCGCGACGCGCAACAUUGCAACUCACUGAGCUGCAAAUUGAUGAGGAUAUGCCAACCAUCACUCCUCGUAAUCGCCAACAGGAACACCAGACAGUGGGAGUAGUUGGAUUAAUAGAUUCUUCUGCAGUGGGCGAUGAUUUUCCAGCCACUCCGAGUCAAAAGGAGACACCGACACCGGUUAACAAGACAGGCUCAUUUGGUACCAGCGCUACGUCUGGGCUUGGAGGGGAAACGCCGCCUCCAAAUUUUCAGGUUGGUACUCCGGAUACACCUGAGGAUACAUCAAGUGGAUCACUUUUAGGGCCAAUGAAGACUGAGAAGCCUCCACUGAAUAUGAAACCUCUUCCGCUUAUCACGAAGUUGAAUCUCGCGACGAUACAUGACGAGAAGUCAUCGGCGGACCAAGAACCACUGGAUUCAGCACGUGGAGGCGGACGCGAUACUGAUAGAGAGACAGGUCGUGAGACGCAUAGAGAUCGUGGCGACGAGACGCACAGAGAGGCUCCUGUACAAGAUUCACAAGAGGAGAAAUACGAAAUUCCACAUGGUUACUUCUUCUAUCAUGCCACGUUGUGUGCAGGUGUGUGGGACGUCAGCAAGGCUGAGAAACAAGAGAGGCCUACUUCAAAGACACAAGCACAGCUUGAGGAUCAGAACGUCAAGACAUCUUCUUCAACUAUAGCACAUGAUACACAUACAUCUUCAACAACCAUACAGUCAUUGUCCUCAACAUUGCUGCCAGACACUCCAGUUUGCGUUGUUCGAGAACAGACCGUCGUACAGGGUAGCCGGUUGCUGCGGUGGGACAUCGUGCAAGCCUCCCAGACCCUGAUGACCAAGAUCCGCGAUGCCAAAGAGCAACGUCGACAAAGUUUUCUCCCAAAGCGGAGUGCUAGAACAAGGAAAAUAUUUAUGAAGACGCCACUCAUUUUUGAGAAUCUCAAAAAUUAUAAUAUCGGGGAUCUUCGUUCCUGUUCCUAAGUAAGAAAGAAGACAAUAAGGGGGAACGACAUUCCCCUAUCGACAUUCUCACUGAGUGGAAGCAUUCAGAAUAGCAGAUAAGCGAGACGGAAGUGUCUCAUCAUCAUCUGAAAAAUCGCCAACGUCCUCGCAAGGGUCUUCUGGUGGUGGAAGUCCGGACAAGGACAAGGCUGUUCCUGCUGAUCAUGUUGUCGAGGAAGAAAUUUUGGAUAUUUGGGAAGACGCGUUGUCUCACAACCCGCAGGCUCUGCGGUACGGUAAGAAACUGAAGGCUGCUUUUGAACAAGAGCUGAUGGUUAAGCUGACUGCGCGCAGACGCCAAGAGGAUGCCUACAGCUUCGAUAAAGACAGAGUCGCGCGUAUAACAGAAGCAAGAACAUCAACGUUGAUGUUGAAUAACGGAUCAUCUUCUACUUGUGUAGGUGUAGCUCCUCCAGCAGCUGAGCAGGUGGGCCAGGGUGUGGCUGUGGGAGGCCCAGGGCUUGCAAGCCUACGCAAAGAAAUGGUCGUACGGGCGCAGCAACGCAGUGCUGAAGUAAAACAAGAGGACGAGCGUCAAGUAGUUUUUCAGGAAUGUAACGACGAAAAGGAUUCGAUUGAGGAAAAGGAAAAGCGGAGUUCACGCGUUUCCGAGCUCAGUACCGCAUCUCUUGAAGAUAUCGUGCUCUCAGGUCCUCUGGGGAAGCUGAUGUCGUCCAACAAGUGUAAAGAAUAUGCAUUGUCACCUGAUGGUGCGAGGAAUAGGUACUUGAAUAGGGUGAUGAAUUUUUGUCUGGAUUUCUCUAACUGCGAACUGUAACUAUGAAUGUUAAUAAUAGGAGCAUAAUGAUAAUGUAGUGUUAAUCGAUUCAAUGUAUGUUUUCAGAAAACUUAAAUUUUUUAUAUUUUUUGUUUGAAAGGUUUCUCCUUCUCGUAUCCUUCUUUGAUGAGUUGUACAACGAUAAACUCUCUCCCCUUCCAGUCCAAUGACCGCCGCUACUCCGCCAUCUGCGGAGAAAAAGGGUUUGCUAACCGAAUUCCGUAAGAGGAUUUCGACUGCAAGGCUUUCUGCGCGCAACAAGAGGACUAGUGUGCGAAGUCCUUCACCGCACUUGCCAAGUGGUCCCGCAAUGCAAGGGCUAUAUCAGCGUGUGCGUCUAAGUCUGCGGAAAGCGGAAACGCCUGGGCAAAGACGGGAAUCUGUGGCGCUUAAUUCGGCAAGAUUAUCCCAAGUUUGCGAGCAGGGUGCUGUUGGGGUUGCUGUUGUGGAUUCUGAUUCUUCGCGACCAUUGGGUGAAAGAGAAGGGAGUGCCAUUUAUGCAGACGAGUCUGAUGCGAAAAAUGGAGCUGAAGACGAAAACUGCCCUGGACGAUCAAUUAAUGGAGCAGAUCCGUCUGGAACAUAUCAAGUCGAUGUGACCAGAACUCUCUCUAGCGGCUCGUAUUCAGCACAACAUCAAGGUGAUGCCACUGAUUACGAGAGUUGUGACGAGUCAGUGGCGCCUCCACUAGUGCGGAAAAAAAUUGCCAGCCCAGGCCAAGACAACAGCUGUGCGUCGGCCUGCAGUACUCCAUCAACGGCUUCAGCGUCGAACUCAGUCUCCACAGACUCGGUGCUCCCACCUAGUAAUCAUGGCUCUUCGUCUGAUGUUAAAAAUGUGCUUGGGGUGGAACAACAACAAAGUAAUGUCGCGGCUACAGGAGGUGUCGAAGGCCAGCAAGUAUCUUCUGAAGAUGUUGAGCAAGUAUCUUCACCUUUGAGCUUGAAGAAUACUUCCGCACUUCUAGCAAACCGACUCCCUAGUCUACCCAGCAACUCUACGUCUCCGCUAUCUACGGGCGUUGCGCAAGAGCAAGAGAUUGCUGCCGCUUCAGGAGCGAGGAGGAACGUGUUCCAGUAUCCCAGACUAAUGCCCCCACCAGCAGGAGCCGCCUUUAAGGGGACUAGAGUCAGAAGCAGCAGCCGUAGUAAUUUUGCACGCGUGCGGAUGAAGCUGCGCGCGACUAGCAGAACGCCAUCUACAAGACGACAAGAACUUCUCACAGCAAUGGUUGAGCAGAACAAGAAUUUCGUUAAUACAAAAGCGAGCUACAACAAUGCUAAUGUUAAGGGUUACACAACCUUUUUGCAUUCCCUUUACCCACAAGCAUCCUAUGCUUUUUUCAAGUAGAAAAUAAGUAAAGAAUGUUCUGAGGAAUGCAAUUGCGGACUCGCUAAUAAUGGCAAUGCUAAUGGUAGCCCACAGCUUUCUUCUGGGACAGGUUCCAACCAUAGUUCCUCCCCUCCGUCUUAUCAAAUUGGUAAUCUGAAAUCAAGUCCAACGACUGGAACUGGAGGAGGAAAUGGUGCGCACCAGGUUUCAAGGAGAGUAACCCCAGUUGGCAUCAUUCAGGAGCAACCAUUCGCCACGAAGAAUAAUGUCUUCCGUUUCGAUCCUCGUGGACGCGCUGGUCAAAUACCGGACAUGCAGCAAGGGGAUGAAUUGCAAUUACUAGCGCCACCAGCAGCUGCAGCCAGAGGACGAACGCCAACGCUGGCAGGGAGAUUGCAGACGGUGAGAAAGUUAAGGUUUGUAGAAUGAUGUAAGUCUUCUAGUUUUUGUCCUCUCUGCUCUUUUUCGAAGUAUUGCUGUAGCAUGGGCAUUCAAUCUCAGUUUCAAGAGUUUGCGGCACCGACGUCUGUUCUCCUCUAAUAUAAACGGAGCGCAAAAAGUCUUCGGGGAUGCUUUCGAAUUACACGAAAGUUGUUGGCCCAGUGAGUGCGCGAAAUAAGAUAGCUAUGCGGUAUCUGAAAAGCAUCCAAGGGGAGGAGGCGCCGGCAGGACCCUGAAGAUACCGCUUUAGGUCAGCUUCAUAGAAGAAACAAGAAGCAGAAUUGAAACUCUAAUUCCGAUGAAUGUGUCUCGACUAAAGAAUAGCUCCACACAAUAUCAUAGAUCACAAGCAAUCUAGCACUGUAAGGAAGGAUAUCUCUCUCUCAAGUGGAAAUGAGUUAUUGUAGUGAAGAGCCUGUUGAAACCAUGUUGUCCGUAGAAAUCCAACUUUUUUAGAUAACUGAAUCCCACUUGACAUGGAGGCCUGUUUCCAACGCACUGACGUAGAACGCAACAUGACAGUACCUUCAGGAUCGGUGCUUGCUCGAUUUCGAGAGGAG